AAUAGCAUAGCUCUAUAUAUAGCUAGCUUACCUUAUCUGACAAAUUCCCAGAGCUUGUAGCCUUGUAUCGUUUGCUAGGUCUCUCUGCAUAUAUUAGUACUCUUCGGUAGAAUCAAACCCCUUUGCAGUUUCUAGUUCCGUAGGAUCUUCUUGGUUUUCUGUGUUGAUUUCGGAGUUUAGAGAUUUCAGAUUAAGCAAAAUUUUCUUAGGCUAACAGUUUUUUUGAGUGUCAAGCAGAAGAAAUGGAAAACGUUUCUGUGUUUAUCAACGAAGAUGAGCAGAUGGAGUUGCCUCCUGGAUUCCGAUUUCACCCGACGGAUGAAGAACUCAUAAGCCACUACCUUUCCCCGAAGGUGCUUGACAGUGUCUUCACCGCUAGAGCUAUUGGGGAGGUGGAUUUGAACAAGUGUGAGCCUUGGGAUUUGCCUUGGAGGGCUAAAAUGGGAGAAAAGGAAUGGUACUUUUUCUGUGUGAGGGACAGAAAAUACCCAACUGGUUUAAGAACUAACCGGGCGACUGAAGCUGGGUACUGGAAAGCCACAGGCAAAGACAAGGAGAUUUACAAGGCCAAAGUCCUUGUUGGAAUGAAGAAGACUCUGGUUUUCUACAAAGGAAGGGCUCCCAAGGGUGAAAAGACCAACUGGGUCAUGCAUGAGUACAGAUUGGAAGGCAAAUACUCAGCCUAUAAUCUCCCGAAAACAGCCAAGAAUGAGUGGGUGAUUUGCAGGAUUUUCCAAAAGUGCAGUGGUGGGAAGAAAACUCAUAUUUCGGGGUUGGUGAGGGAGAGCCCUUACGGAAAUGAUCAAUUCCGCCCUUCUUUACUGCCACCAUUAAUGGAUUCACCAUCCUACAACAACAGUGACACAAGAACCACCACCGUAGGCUGCGAAACAUCGCAUGUGUCCUGCUUCUCCGAUCCAAUGGAGGAUCAGAAAGCCCAGGAUGACAUUAUCGACAGCUUCAACAACAACAACAACAUGAGCAGCACCAGCAACAAUCAUCUGUUAGCUUCUUCAUCUUCAUUUCCGUUCAAGUCCUCGGUUCAGAACUCUCACUUCUCCAACCAAAUCCCACCGAACACCGGAAAUAUGCAGUACCCGGAUUCUGGUUUUAUGCAGGAUCAGUCUAUUAUGAGGUUGCUGACUGAGCCUCAAGCUCCAAGCUUAAAGCGCAAUUCAUCAAAUUAUUUGGGGGGUCAAGAUGUUCCGUCAUACUCAGCUGCUCCUAUGGACUUUGAUUCCAUCUGGAAUUACUGAACUCAAAGAUGUGAAGGCCGAAGAUUUUCUGGGAAAAUCUAAGAUCAUUUACAGUAACUAAAUUAUUGUGUUCUUUGUAUAGAUUAGAUACUCUUCAUUGAAGCACCAAGAAAGUUAGUCAUGUAUGUGAAGGCAAAAACAAGUUGUUUUACUUGAACAGAUGUUAAUCGAACGAAGUCUUGUGUGUUGAUAACUUGAUAUAGUGUAAACUCAAUUCGUUAUUGGUUU